ACAGAAUCUGGUGUAAUGCUGCUUCUGGCCCUCAAGAAGCGUCACAAAGCGAAAGCUGAUUGCAGAGCAGUACUGAAUACAACACACACACAGGAAGAUGGCUCUCCAUUCCGGUGCCGAUGCAAGAGUCCUUAUUAUCGGAUGCGGGAUUUCAGGAAUCGGUGCUGCUCAGAAGUUAAUCAGACAUGGAUUCCGAAAAGUCCGCAUUAUUGAAGCAACGUCGAGAAGUGGAGGAAGAAUUCAGACUGGCGGCCUGGAUGGUAAAAUUGUAGAAAUAGGUGCCAACUGGAUCCAUGGUCCUUCACAGGAGAACCCAGUGUUUCGCUUGGCCUGUCAGUACCAAUUACUUGACGGAGAGUGCAUGUCUGAGGAGAAUCAGUCUGUGGAUAUCGGUGGUCUUCCACCUUUGUUUUCUACCUGGCUUUCCAGCUCAGGCAAGAAGCUUGAGGCUGAGGUACUGGCACCUGCAGUUGAGGUUUUCAUGACAUUGCUUAAGAAGAGCCAGGAAUUCUACCACAGUAGCAGAGCACCCAUGUCGAGUGUCGGGGAGUUCAUAAAAAGAGAAGCCCUCCGGAUCAGCAAUAAAGAAUGGAAAGACGAUGAAGCCAAAAAGAUCAGACAGGCUAUGUUCAGCACACUAUUGAAGCUUGAGUGUGGUGUGAGUGGGACGCACACAAUGGAUGAUGUGGACCUUGAAGCCUUUGGCAUGUACAAGUCCCUUCCAGGGCUGGAUUGCACAUUUCCAGGAGGCUAUGAAGGCUUAAUCACACACAUGAUGAAUGAACUGCCUAAAGACAUUGUCUUAUUUAAUAAACCAGUCAAGUGCAUUCACUGGAAUAACAUCCACAACAGUCAAGCUCAACAGUCAAGCUCAAAGCAAGGAUUGUGUCCUGUUACAGUUCAAUGCGUUAACGGAGAGACUUUUGAAGCAGAUCAUGUCAUUCUUACAAUCCCACUGGGCUAUAUGAAGAGGAACCAUGCCACUCUUCUGAAUCCUCCUCUGCCACGACACAAGUUGCACUCAAUCCAGAGACUGGGUUUUGGAACCAAUAAUAAAAUCUUCCUGGAGUUUGAGCAGCCCUUCUGGGAUGAAAAUAGUGAAGUGAUCUUUCUUUUAUGGGAGGAUGAAUAUGAUUUUCCGGAUCCUGUUUCUGAUAUGAAGACUGCCUGGAUCAAAAAGUUGUCUUGCUUUACUGUACUGAAACCUGUAGAGAGGUAUGGCCAUAUUCUUUGUGGGUGGAUUGCUGGCCAUGAAUCGGAGUAUAUGGAAACUCUGCCUGAAGAGGAGGUGAUGCACACGGUGACUCGGCUCCUUCGCAGAUUUACAGGAAAUCCAACAAUUACACCAAAGAAGCUUGUACGGUCCCAGUGGUACCAUGAUCCCUAUACUUGUGGAUCUUACACUUAUGUGGCAAAAGGCUGCUCAGGUCAAGAUAUUGAUAACCUCACCGAGCCUCUUCCACUGACUGGUUCAAAAGCAAAGCCCUUGCAGGUGCUGUUUGCUGGAGAGGCCACUCACAAAUCAUUCUUUUCCACUGUCCAUGGUGCUUUGCUUACUGGCUGGAGAGAAGCAGACCGUCUCAUCUCGCACUACAAUCCAGCACCAAAGAAGAUCACAGCACAUCUGUAAAGAGAAAUCAGAUGGGAUGAUAGGACAGGACAUUAUAAAGGACUAAAAAAUAUAUAUCUUGCCAUUUGUUAAUCUUUAAUUUUUCAUUUUAAGGUCUGUGAUUUCAACUUUUGAUUUAAUUUGUCAGACAGCAGCUACAUACAUCAAUCUAACUGUACACACAUUAGACAAAUUAUAAAACAAAAAUAAUUCAGGAUGUUGAUCAAAUCACAUCUAAAACUAUCAAUAUUGAAAACACAGAAUAGUUCAUCUCCUUUAAAAUACUAAACAGUAUUGAAAUUACAUUUAAUCCCAUCAUCAGAUUGAGCAAAAGGUUUAUUUCUCAGACCUCAUGCAUGUUCAUGUUCUUAGAGUGGAAGUUCUGAGUAAGUUCUCUGCUCUGGUUCUCUUGUGUAGAGCAGCAGUUUUCAAAAAUGUUUGGUUCAAGGCCACCUCAAAGGCUAGUUACAGGAAAGUCAGCACCAAAUGUCUGAAUUCAAUAUUUGUGAUUGGUUAGCAUAUAUUUAAUCCUAACAAUUUUUUUCAUAUCUUGUUUGUUUUUAAACACAUCAAUCUUUAUAGACAUAUACAUGGAAAAUAAAUAAAAUGACCCAGUAGAGAUACAACUUGGCAGCCUAUUUCAAGAACCAUUGGGUUCAAGACAUUUGCUUUGUAACUGACAUGUAAUUAUUAACAAUAUAUAACAACUGAUAAUUAAUAUAAUUUAAUACAAAGAAUAAUCAGUUCAAGCAGCUUUUCCUGUUGGUUUUUCUAAGUUAUGUCUGACCCCAAAUCCUGUUUCAUGCCCUAAUUUGUGGGAGUUGAAUCGGAUGAGAAGUAUGUGAGAAAGUUCAGUUGAAUCUUCUUCUCUCAGUACUUUUGUUCUUUAUACCACAGAAAAUGGAAUUCAUCUAGUGAUUAAAAUGAUUUCAUGGUCUGUAUGAACUCAAUAAAUGAACAGUAAAAUUUCUUGCAGCAUUUUUACUUCAGCCCACCAUCCCAUAUGAGAAGAAGAAAAAAAGGGGACAAAAUUGCAUUUGAAAAAUCUUUAAAAAAUAAAGACCAGCUUCGUGUUUUUCACUGAAUAUCUGUAUCAGGCAGUGAAUGUUAUUGUACAAGUUGAAUUGUUUAUCAUUGUACUAUUAGUUUCACUUCACUGAAAAUAAAAUCACAUUCGUUAAACAGA